AAAUUAUACAUUAUUCAAAAUUCUCUUUCCAAAUAGAUAGUCUAAAGUUAAAUAUCACAGGAUGGAUCAAUCUAGUGAUCCUCGUAAGUAUUUAUUUGGUUCCAGCUAUUAAAUUCUUAAUUUUAAUAUUGGACUCACAUGCUAAUUCCUUUUUCUAAAUCAACUUCAUUCAGAGGAUGGUCAAACGACGCCCAUGAACGUAAAACGCCGCUCAGCAUGGAUAGCUUGGUUUUGCUCUAGAAAACAAAAUCGAUAUUAUGCAGAUGUAGACGAAAGUUUUAUAGAAGAUCCUUUUAAUUUAAUUGGACUGAAUGCACAUAUUCCUUUAUAUAAAGAAACUCUUGAGAUAAUCUUGGAUCUUGAACCUGUCGAUGUUAUGUAUAAUCGUGUUCCUGAUUUAAGUCUACUAGAACCUUCAGCUGAGCUUUUAUAUGGACUUAUCCAUCAGCGAUAUAUUAUUACAAAACAAGGCAUGAUUCAAAUGUAUCAAAAAUACAGGAUGGGAGAUUUUGGAAAAUGUCCUAGGGUAUAUUGUAAUGAUAGCUAUGUGCUACCUUGCGGCCAACAUGAUACGCCUAAACUAAGUACAGUACGACUUUAUUGUCCUAAUUGUAAAGAUAUCUAUAUACCAUCAAAUCCUAGAUAUCAAAAUAUUGAUGGACCUCGUAUGCAAUGGCUAAGAAUUUAUAAAGAUAAUAAUAAGCCAUUCAUAGUAGACCAAAAAGAAAAAGAAGAGGAGGAUUAA